AGAGGGGAGUUUCGGUGGCGGGACCGGCCAAGAAAAUGCCAGUGGCGGUGAUGGCAGAAAGUUCCUUUAGUUUCAGAAAGCUGCUGGAUCAGUGCGAGAACCAGGAGCUCGAGGCUCCAGGAGGAAUUGCUACACCCCCAGUGUAUGGUCAGCUUCUAGUUUUAUAUCUGCUUUACAAUGACAUGAAUAAUGCAAGAUAUCUUUGGAAAAUAAUACCACCUGCUAUAAAAUCUGCAAAUUCUGAACUUGGGGGAACUUGGUCGGUAAGACAAAGGAUCUGGCAGAGAGAUUUCCCCGGGCUCUGUACCACCAUCAGCGCUCACCGGUGGUCUGAGACGGUCCAGCCAAUCAUGGAGGCACUUAGAGAUGCCACCUGGAGGCAAGCCUUCGCCCUGGUCUCUCAGGCAUGUACCUUCAUCAUCGCCGAUGAUUUCACAGCCUUUUUUGGACUUCCCGUGGAAGAGGCUGUGAAAUGUAUCCUAGAACAAGGAUGGCAGGCCGACUCCACCACAAGGAUGGUCAUGCCCAAAAAGCCAGUUGCAGGGGCCCUGGAUGUUUCCUUUAACAGGUUUAUUCCCUUUUCAGAGCCUGCCCCGGUUCCACCCAUCCCCAAUGAACAGCAAUCAGCCAGGCUCACCGAUUAUGUGGCUUUCCUCGAAAACUGACUUAUCAUUCUGAGUUCAAGAUCCACCUUCAGAAUCCUGAAUAUUGACAGAAAAAUGUAAAAUUUUUAUUUUCAAUUUUAUUGGAUGAAUUAAGCACCUCAGCAUUCCUUACUGAGUAUGUGAUAAAAUACAUACAUAAUAUAAAGUAUAUUAUAUAUUUUUUGUCCUUAAACAUGCUGAAUGGUUGUUGAAACAAUUCUCAUUUUGUAAUAUUUGACAGUUUGGAUGGAGCCCGUCAGUAUUAGGCAAGCAGUUUAUAUUUCCUAGUGACUCAGAAAAUACAGCUCUCCUGCUUCAUGUAGAACAGUGGUUGUCAACUG